UAAUUUCGUAUUGUUUAAAUGAUUAUGUAGCCCUAAUUUACUAUUUUAUAAAUCCAAUUAACAAUCCACCAAAAUAAUUACGAAUGGCAAGAAUCUGCUUAUUCUCGUCCCAGAUUACAUUGACCUAAAAGAGCUGUCAUUGACAAACAUGGCGGCCCCCACGAGUGCUGCGGAAGCUUUCGUCUCCCAUUCUAAAAGUUCUCCUACAGCUGCUCCGAGCAUGGAGAGCCCGCCGAUUCAGUACAGUAUGGUUCUGGAUCAUCUUAUUGGGGACAAGAGGACCGUGAAGGACUUGAACCCCGGCGUCAUGGGGGGACUGCCGGUGCCAUCAAAAAGCGAGGAGCAGAAGAUGAUAGAGAGGGCAAUGGAGAGCUGCGCUUUCAAGACGCUUUUGGCCUGCGUUGGAGGGUUUGUCCUCGGAGGAGCGUUUGGCGUUUUUACCGCAGGCAUCGACACCAAUGUCGGUUUCGAUCCCAAAGACCCGCUGAGGACCCCCACGGCGCGAGAAGUCCUCAAAGACAUGGGCCAGAGGGGCAUGUCCUACGCUAAGAACUUCGCCAUCGUGGGUGCCAUGUUCUCUUGUACAGAGUGCAUCAUAGAAUCGCACAGAGGCAAAUCCGACUGGAAGAAUGCCGUGUACAGUGGCUGCAUAACUGGAGGAGCGAUUGGGUUUCGUGCUGGUCUGAAGGCCGGGGUCCUAGGAUGCGGAGGCUUUGCGGCUUUUUCUGCAGCCAUUGAGUAUUAUCUGCGGUGAACGACUAAAGAGAAAGAAUGAGUCCCUUUGGAUGAGCCUGUGACAGAUGGCGACCCGUCGGUCUGCAAAUCACAAUUAUGAUUUGUGGGAUUUAUGCGCUGGUUGUAAGUGGACAGGAAAACAUGGUACCUAGGCGUUGUUUUGAAAUUGCUGGCAGAUGAGAGGUUGUCAGCUUCUGUCUAUGUAAAGAAAGAUUCGUUGGGAAAACACUGGCCACCUUCACAUCGCAUGCUAAUAAGAGUCAGCAUUUAUGUGAAGACUGUUUGGUCAUUUCAUCAGGUUUAUUUUCCAACUUACUGGAAUUUGUGCGCUCACCUUUGUAAAUAUGCUUUCUUCAUUGUUAUUUUAAGUAGUGUUUGUCAUAAACAUUACAUUCGUAUA